UUUUGUUUAUAAUGGCACAACCACAACCUUUAUUAGCACCACCACCAUCUUCAGGACCACCUCUUAUUUAUAAAGCCACUUAUUCAGGUGUGCCUGUGUAUGAAUUUAUGUGUAAUAAUGUAGCUGUGAUGCGAAGAAAAUCCGAUGCCUAUUUAAACGCGACACAAAUCCUCAAAGUAGCCGAGUUUGAUAAACCACAACGUACGCGCAUCUUGGAAAGAGAAGUACAGAUAGGACAACAUGAAAAAGUUCAAGGAGGCUAUGGCAAAUACCAAGGUACAUGGGUACCUUUUGAAAGAGGUGUUGCUUUAGCUGAACAUUACCAUGUCGAUGACUUGUUACGACCCAUCUUUGAUUUUGUCCAAGGUGAUAAGAGCCCACCGCUCGCACCUAAACAUGUCACAGCAGCUUCUACUCGACCCAGAAAACCUCGUUUAUCUAAUAGCGAACCCAAACGUAAAAAAGUACUUGUGAAGUCGAUGGAAGAGAAACAUGAUAUCAACCACCUUAUGCAAUAUCCUCCGCCUGCUCCCCUUGCACCCACCUUGAUGCCACCCUUACCACCCUCAGCACCAGUCUUGUUUGAUACAGAUUCGGAUGAAGACACAAGUGAUCCCUCUUAUGCGCAUCAACUCCUUCAGUAUUUUAUUUCAGAUGAUACAGGCAUUCCUUCCCUCUUACUGAGGCCACCCAUGGAUUUGGAUGUGAAUGUGAUCAUUGACGAUGAAGGCCAUACGAGUCUUCAUUGGGCUGCUGCUAUGGGUCGCUUAAAACUCGUGAGUAUCUUGUGUGAUUUAGGAGCCGAUAUCUACCGUGUCAACUACAAGGGCCAGACAGCCUUGAUGCGAUCUGUCUUGUUUACCAACAAUUUUGAUGCCAAAUCCUUCAUGUUCUUGAUUGACUUGCUCAAGAAGACAGUGUUCAAUAUCGACAAAAAGGAUCAGACGGUCUUUCAUCAUGUGGCUGCUACAGCCAGUUGGAAAGGAAAAGUCCAUGCGUCUAGGUAUUAUAUGGAGUGCUUGAUCCAGACAUUAGCAGGCAGUCCAUCUGAAUGUCUAUGGGAUACAGCACUUUCGAUUGCAGCCAGAAUUGGGAACAAGAAACUGGUGAGACUAUUGAUGGAUGCAGGUGCCAGUCCUGAAAUAGCUAAUGAAGAAGGAUUAACAGCACAAGACUAUCUCUCUGAAGUAGAGCGUCAUCAUCAUCAUCGGUUUCAUUCACCUACUUUAUCUACAGAGAUGUCGUGUGUACCAGAACUUCCUUCUCGGACUAAAUUAAGGCAGUCUGUAGAAGGCUUAUUCAAGCAUAUUAUCGUGAAUGACCAUGCACAACCUUCACUUUCAUCUCAAAUAUUUGAUAGUUUUGCAGGCAAUUAUGAGCGUGAAUUGAUCCAGAGAGACCAUUUGAUUCGAGAUAAACGACAUGAACUUGACAUGGCAAAGAAACGAUUGGCAGGCAUAAGACAUACAUGGGAGCAAAUUCAGUAUAACCCAGAUCAACUAUCUCGAGUAGAACAAGAAGCACAUCAACAGGCUAUGCUCUUGUUUAAGCAGCAAUUGAUCAUUCAGAGACAGACAUUGGAAAACUUGAUGUUAGACUAUAAUAAAGAGCAAGACAUGUCUGGUCAACAACAAGAACUAGCUCGUCUAACACAUCAACUAGACCAACUGAAGCAAAAGAGAAGACAACAAACACAGAUACUGAUGGAACGAAGGCUACAGACACCUUCUAGACGUCAUCAAGAAUACAAACGAUUGAUUUCAAUGUGUUGUAAUGUGCCGUAUGAAAAUGUGGAUAUGAUGUUAUUACCCUUAUUAUCUUCUUUUGAUGAAUUAUCAAGGUCUAUAGAAUAAAUA